CCAUAUCGAAUGUUGUAAAUCAACAUGGCUAAUUCACUGAUGCCAAUAGUUGAUCUUUCCCCGUUCUUUCUAGGAGAUGAAGAUGGCGAGAGAAAGGCAAGAGAAGUGAUACACGAAGCAUGUAGUCGAUAUGGCUUCUUUCAAAUUGUCAAUCAUGGGGUGCCUUUGGACCUUAUGAGCCGCGCCUUAAAACUAUCAAAGUCCUUUUUUGAGUGUCCUGUUGAAGAGAAAAUGAACUGCUCUCCAUUGCCAGGGGCGCCUUUUCCUGCAGGCUAUAACAGAAAACCAAAUCCGUCUUAUGAAUUUGCAGAGUACUUGGUUAUGCUUCACCCCGGAUCCACCUUCAAUGUUUUUCCUGCCAAUCAUCCACAACUCCGAGAAGUAAUGGGAGAUUUAUUCAAUCAAUUCACAAAGAUGGGUGCAAUUUUAGAAAGCAUCCUUAGUGAAUCCUUGGGUCUGCCUCCAAGUACUCUUCAAGAAUUUAACAAUGAGAGAAAUUCUGAUGUGUUGACAGCAUUGUAUUAUUUACCAGCAACAGAGAAUGAGAAAAUGGGAAUAAGUUCACAUAGAGAUGUUGGAUGUAUAACAUUUGUGUUACAAGAUGAAGUUGGAGGGCUUGAAGUUCAAAAAGAUGGUAAAUGGAUCCCAGUAACCCCCAAUAAAGGUGCCCUUGUUGUUAACAUUGGUAUUGUUCUUCAGGUGCUGACGAAUGACAAUUACAAAAGUCCAAAUCAUAGGGUGAUGAGACCCAAUGGGAGAUCAAGAAAUUCAUUUUCAUUCUUCUAUAAUGUAUCAGGGGGGAAAUGGCUUGAACCCCUUCCCUAUUUCACUAAGCAAAUUGAUCAGAAACCAAAUUAUAAGGGUUUCAUUUACAGUGAUUAUUUGCAAAAACGCAACGAAAAUAAGCUCAAACGUGCUGCUGGACUUGAAGAAGAUCUUGGUUUAUCUCAUUUUUCACUCACUAAAUCAAUAGAGAAUCAUUAA